AAAGUGAGAGGCCAAGUCCCGGCCCCUCUCCAGUUUUGGGGGUGGUGUGGGGGGCACAGACCAAUACACAGAGGAGUCAGUACCCUGCUCCCAAAGAAGCCGAGCCCCGCGUUUCCCUCCAGCUGGUGGGUGAUCCAGAGGAAGGGGUGGGUUUAAAGGCGGACGCCGAAGCGGAGCCUGGACGAUCGAUCAGCUGCACAGCAGUCAGAUCCCGGUGGAGACCCCAGGGCCUCUGCGAGGUGGCAGGAGCUCCGCGGCCGGGCUGUGGCGGGCUGCCAGCUUCUCCUUCUCGGCGUCCCCGGUGCCCCACGCGGAGCGCGGUCGCCGGCGCCAGGGCGCGCCAGCCAAUGCGCCCGGGGCGCGCCAGCUGCUCCGGGGCCCGGGCGCGCUUGAUUGGCAGCCCCCAGCCUCGGCCCCGGCGCGCCCUCCCACCCAAGACAAAGUCCAGCCCCUGUCCGCUCCGGCGCCACCACCGCCACCGCCUCCUCCUCUUCCUCCUCCUCCCCGCCCCGCGGGUACCCGCGCGGGACCCGCUCGGACCGCGCACUUGCCGCCGGCGCUGCAGGGCAGCGAGGUGCCAGGGGCCGCAGUCCGCGCCGAGCUCGCCGGGCCGGGCCAUGAAGCUGGAGUUCGCCCCGCUCAACAUCCCGCUGGCGCGGCGGCUGCAGACGGCGGCGGUGUUCCAGUGGGUCCUGUCCUUCCUGCUGCUCGCGGAGGUGUGCAUUGGAAUCCUCUUGCUCCUGAUCUUAUACAACUACUGGUUCCUGUACAUCCCUUACUUGACAUGGCUCUACUUUGACUGGCGUACUCCAGAGCAAGGAGGCAGGCGAUCCAACUGGGUCAGAAGCUGGGCCGUUUGGAAGCACUUUAAUGACUACUUUCCAAUUCAUCUCAUCAAAACUAGUGAUUUGGAUCCAAGUCACAACUACAUAUUUGGGUUUCACCCCCAUGGAGUGCUCGUGGCUGGAGCCUUUGGAAAUUUUUGUACAAAUUAUUCGGACUUCAAGAAGCUCUACCCAGACUUUACUGCAUAUCUCCACGUGCUUCCGAUUUGGUUCCGGUGCCCUCUCUUCCGAGAAUACCUGAUGAGCAGUGGGCCGGUCUCAGUUUCCAAGAAAAGUCUGUGCUACGUGCUGAGCAAGGAGGGAGGUGGAAACAUUUCAGUCAUUGUCCUUGGGGGUGCAGAGGAAUCCUUAGAUGCCCAUCCCGGGAAAUUCACUCUGUUCAUCCGCCGGCGGAAAGGAUUUGUGAAAAUUGCUUUGACCCAAGGCGCCUAUUUGGUCCCUGUGUUUUCUUUUGGUGAAAAUGAACUAUUUAAACAAGUUAGCAACCCUGAAGGCUCAUUGCUUCGGACUGUGCAGGAUAAACUACAGAAGAUUAUGGGGUUUGCUUUGCCACUGUUCCAUGCCAGAGGAAUUUUUCAGUACAGUUUUGGCCUUGUGCCCUAUCGGAAACCUAUUCACACUGUUGUUGGCCAUCCAAUCCCUGUUCACCAGACUCUGAACCCAACCCCAGAGCAGGUCGAGGAGCUGCAUCAGACCUACAUGGAGGAGCUCAGGAAGUUGUUUGAGGAGCACAAAGGGAAGUAUGGCAUCCCAGAGCACCAUACGCUCGUGUUUAGAUAACGGUCCUCUUAGAAGGCCACAGGAGGCUGGGAGAAUAAAUAUGUUACAUCCGUUAAUUUUGUUCCUUGACUAUAAAAUUAAAUUUGUACCUGAAAAGUGUUAUUUAUGGCGACAGAUGUUGAUGUAGCUCUGUGAUAAAUAAAAACACAGUGUGUGAUGAUAGGACAAGGUUA